AAAAUGUCUGGUCGUGGAAAGGGUGGCAAAGUAAAGGGAAAGGCAAAGUCCCGCUCAAAGCGUGCCGGUCUUCUAUUCCCUGUGGGCCGCAUUCACCGUCUGCUCCGGAAGGGCAACUACGCCGAGCGCAUUAGUGCUGGUGCUCCUGUUUACCUAGCUGCCGUAAUGGAAUAUCUAGCCGCUGAGGUUCUCAAGCUGGCUGGCAAUGCUGCUCGUGACAACAAGAAGACUAGAAUUAUUCCGCGUCAUCUGCAACUGGCCAUCCGCAACGACGAGGAGUUAAACAAGCUGCUCUCUGGCGUCACAAUUGCCCAAGGUCGUCAAUUAAACCGUCCUUUUCAGGACGACCAAAUUAUUACCAAAGAAUUGAACAAAAUUUUAACUACGCAAUUUGUUGUAUAA